CCCCGCCCACCCUUCCCUUAGGCUGGCCCGGGGCAGGAUUCUCGUGAUCCGCGAUUCGCUCCCACGGGCGGGACCUUUGUAACUGCGGGAGGCCCAGGACAGGCCCACCCUGCGGGGCGGGAGGCAGCCGGGGUGAAGAAACCAAGACGCAGAGAGGCCAAGCCCCUUGCCUUGGGUCACACAGCCAAAGGAGGCAGAGCCAGAACUCACAACCAGAUCCAGAGGCAACAGGGACAUGGCCACCUGGGACGAAAAGGCAGUCACCCGCAGGGCCAAGGUGGCUCCCGCUGAGAGGAUGAGCAAGUUCUUAAGGCACUUCACGGUCGUGGGAGACGACUACCAUGCCUGGAACAUCAACUACAAGAAAUGGGAGAAUGAAGAGGACGAGGAGGAGGAGGAGCAGCCGCCACCCACACCAGUCUCAGGCGAGGAAGGCAGAGCUGCAGCCCCUGACGUUGCCCCUGCCCCUGGCCCCGCACCCAGGGCCCCCCUUGACUUCAGGGGCACGUUGAGGAAACUGUUCAGCUCCCACAGGUUUCAGGUCAUCAUCAUCUGCUUGGUGGUUCUGGAUGCCCUCCUGGUGCUUGCUGAGCUCAUCCUGGACCUGAAGAUCAUCCAGCCCGACAAGAAUAACUAUGCUGCCAUGGUAUUCCACUACAUGAGCAUCACCAUCUUGGUCUUUUUUAUGAUGGAGAUCAUCUUUAAAUUAUUUGUCUUCCGCCUGGAGUUCUUCCACCACAAGUUUGAGAUCCUGGAUGCCGUCGUGGUGGUGGUCUCAUUCAUCCUCGACAUUGUCCUCCUGUUCCAGGAGCACGAGUUUGAGGCUCUGGGCCUGCUGAUUCUGCUCCGGCUGUGGCGGGUGGCCCGGAUCAUCAAUGGGAUUAUCAUCUCAGUUAAGACACGUUCAGAACGGCAACUCUUAAGGUUAAAACAGAUGAAUGUACAAUUGGCCGCCAAGAUUCAACACCUUGAGUUCAGCUGCUCUGAGAAGGAACAAGAAAUUGAAAGACUUAACAAACUAUUGCGACAGCAUGGACUUCUUGGUGAAGUGAACUAGACCCGGACCAGCUCCCCUCAAAAAGAAGACACUGCCUCAUGGGCCUGUGCUGUCACGAGAGGAACAGCUGCCCCUCCUGGGCCGCUUGGUGAGAGGUUUGGUUUGAUACCUCUGCCUCCCUCCUGCCAGCAUGGAUUCUGGGUGGACACAGCCUUGUGGAAGGUCCAGUACCACCAAGAGCUGCCCAUCCACUCCCACCCUGCACUGUAUCAAAUGUAUCACAUUUUCUCAUGUUGAACACUUAGCCUUAAUUGAAAAUGAGCAACAAAGCUGGACAAUUGCUAGUUGUAUAUAAAAUUUAAUCUCACCGAAUGUACAGUUUUCAAAUUUCACGUGUAUAUUAAGGAACUGAUGCAUCUGAGCAUUCUGAAAGAAAGGAAAAGAAGCUACUUUAGCUGCCACCCCAUUCUAGAAAAGUCUCUUAUUUUCAAGCUGUUCUAAAUAGCUUCUGUUCUAAAUAGCUUCCCUUGUCUCAGUUUCCCCAAAAGGGGUACCCAGGCCCCUCCUCUGUGUGCCCCAGCUGCAUCAGCCAGCUUCUAGGUGGCUCCAUUGCGUUCUGCCACCUGACAACAUUUUUCCUCAAUUACUGUAAAAUUACUGUAUAAAAUAAACUCUCUCUUUUCCCUGGA